AUGACACGGUACGGCCUGAGGGAGGAGGUAGCUGAGGGAAGAAAUCGGAAUAUUCUUGGGCUUGGCCGACAGAGAAAAUGCCACCGCCACAUUCUUCGGUUACCAGCGCGAACCGGUGGGGGAACAUGGUCAGACACGAUUCCCGUGAAGAUACCCUCGCCAACAUAA